CGUCAAAAUCCUGCUUUCCCAUGUGCCGUGCUUCAUCAUCUCUUGCUGGCAAAUCACCUAAUCAUCCAAUCAUCCAAUCACCCUCCGUCUCUCUCUCUCUCUCUCUCUCUCUCUCUCUUCAGUCUCUACUAUACAGAGGAAGCUUCAGAUGCAAAUGGCAGAAUGAGAAGAGAGUGUGAAAUCUGGAAUGAGUAGAGUUAUUGAAAUCAUUACAGGUUCCGAGAUUUUCUUCUCUGGGAUUAUCCACGUUUGAAGCUUUCUUUAUCUCUCUCUCUCUCUUCUCCUUCUCAGAGUAUGGAUUCGAGUACUCGUCUUGAGUAUGCUCUGUUUCAACUCACGCCGACCAGAACCAGGUGUGAUCUCGUUGUCUUCUCUAGAGGUCUCAGUGAGAAACUAGCAUCUGGACUACUUGAGCCCUUCGUUUCGCAUCUCAGAUGCGCCAAGGAGCAGAUUUCCAAGGGUGGCUACUCCAUCACGCUUCGCGCUCCCACCCCCGCCGACGCCGCCUGGUUCACCAAGGCCACGUUGGAACGGUUUGUGAGGUUUGUUAGCACACCUGAAGUUCUUGAGAGGUUUGUGACGAUCGAAAGGGAGAUCUCACAGAUUGAGACCCCGGCUCAAUCCAAUGAGUUGUCAAAUCCUACUGCUCAAACAGAAGAAGGCAAUGUGAGAGGUGCUGAUGGCAAUUCCAAGAAGUCGACUACUUCCUCUCAGUCAAAAUCUGACUCUAAUGGCAGUGAUAAUGUUGCACAAGAAGAAAACUCCAAGCUUCGCCUUCAGCGUCUUAUGGAGACUCGGAAAGCGGUGCUUCGUAAAGAGCAAGCUAUGGCUUAUGCUCGUGCUUUUGUUGCUGGAUUUGAUAUGGACCAUAUAGAUGAUCUUUUAUCCUUUGCCGCAGCUUUUGGAGCUUCCCGCCUAAGGGAAGCAUGCUUAAAUUUCAAGGACCUCUGUAAUAAAAAGCAUGAUGAUGGGCUUUGGAUGGAUGAAUUAGCAGCAGUGGGGGCAUGCACUCAGCCAGAGUUGCCAUACUUGGGAACAUCCGGAAUCAUACUUACAAGUGAAAAUAGCAAUCCAAGUCCUGGGGUCAUGCCAAUUGCUCAUUUUGGUUUCUCUAAUGGGCAACUAGAGCCAAAUGGGUCUUUAGAUUCUGAUUCAACUACGGGCAAUGCAAGUACAGACAUUAGCCAAGGUCAGAUGCCACCAACUACUGUGAAAAAUCAAGUACCAAUGCCAUGGACAGACCAGCUUCCUCAGUACAUGUACAAUUUCCAAAGCCCACAUAUGCAACAAAUGCCUCCAUAUCAAGGGUACAAUAUCCAUGGGAUGCCGGUUUUCCCUCCAUAUUAUCAGGGAAAUAUGCAUUGGUCUCCAAAUACUGAUAUUGGUCAUGGUCCUGUCCAAGAACCAGAACGCCGUCAAAAGGGAAGGCUCCCAGAUGGACAAACUGAGCCCAGUGACUCCACUUCUGGCAGUGACCUAGAUUCUGAUUUGCAGCAGGAACUCAAGAAUUCAACGGAACAGCCUCAACUGCACAAAAGAAGGCACAAAAAGAAAUCAUCAAGAAUGGUUGUUAUACGCAACAUAAAUUACAUCACUCCUAAGAGGAGUGAAGCAAAUAAUGAUGGUGAAGUUUAUGAUUCUUCUUCACUUGAGGAUGAAUUCAUUGAUGGAGAUUUUCUCAGACAGAAGGUAAAGGAAGCUGUUGGUUCUUUAGAGAAGCACCAUAAGUCAACCCCAUUUCAUCAUAAGAAGAGAGGUGGUGUCAAACAUGCAAACAUUUUGAAUGGAUCUAAUGUUGCUGCUGAUGAGGAUCUUGAGAAUGACUUUGAUGCAAAAACUUCAGAUGGAGCCAAAAAUUCUGAGAACUGGGACACCUUCCAGAGCCUUCUGAUGAGAAAUGAGGAGCCAAAGGCCAAUGGUGUGGAGACACAGUGUACUGUAAAUGUCCGAGAUGAAUAUUUUGCAAUAAAAAGUUCGGAGGCAGGAACACCAUCUGCACUUACCAGUCUAGUAGACCUGGUAUCAGAGAAGGAAACAAAGCAACGGCAUGCCGACACUGAUUCUUUCCUUAUGACUAAAAGGGAUUCAAGUAAUGAGAGUAGGACCCCCAUGGAAAAUUUUGAAAGUAGUGAAAAUUUCCGCCCAGGCAUGAAGAAAAGGGAUUGCACCGAUGAGGAAUUGUUAUUUCCACAGAGAAUAGAAGGGGCGAAGAGAAAUCUCCAGGAUGCUCUGUCUGAAUGUACAAUUGAGUCAUCUGUGCUCAAGACUCAAAAAGCUGAAGACUGGUUUGUUAUAAAUCAAUCUAAAACAUUUGGAGACCAAGACACAACCAUUGAACAUGCUAUCUUUGAUGGAGAUCGGAGUUUAACACCAAAUAGUGUUUCUUUCCAAAUAGGGAAAACUAAAAAAGAUCUUGUUGAUGACUCUUUGAUGGUGCAGGAUCGAUCAAUAGUUGAUCAACGUGAUUCUCUAUGGAGAACUGAUAUAAGCAUGGUUUCAGACCUUAUUGUGGCUGUACCCCAUGAAAAUGGUUCUGCAGAUCUUUCAAGAGAUAGGUCUGUACUUACCUAUGAGCCACCAGAUGAUCUUUACAUGGUGCUUGAACGGGGUUCAGGAGUGGAGUCUGCUGUGGCACCAUGGACUCCUGAAAUAGAUUAUGGAAUGGAUUUUUCAUUUGCCGAAUCUGAAAAAAGGAGCUCUAGUGUGGAGAAAUAUGAUUAUGUUGAUGAUAAGCUUCCCUCUAAUGGUAAAAGCAUUGACAGUAAGAACAGUAAAAAUCUCCAAACAAAAACUUCAGGGAGAGAAACAAACUCUAGACCCUCACGUGGAUCUCUAGUAAAGAGCAAAUCUGAGAACAUGUCAAGGAUCAAGAAACCAUCCACUGUAAGCAAAGCUGCAGUACUGAAAAGCAAACUGGAGAAGGAAGAAGAAAAUCGGAAGAAAAAGGAGGAAUUAUUGAUUCAACGCCAAAAAAGAAUUGCUGAAAGAAGUUCUGCUGGUGGUUGUGCUUUAGCAACACCUAGAAGAGCCUCGCUGGACAGUAAAACAAUCACUUCAACCAAGCAUGACAAGAAAUUGUCUCAAUCUACAACUCAAGAAACAAAGCGGUUAAGUCUGCCCAAAACAGGCAUUACCAGUUCAACCAUAAAAAAACAGGCUCAAAGGUGAAUGGCGUUGUGGCAGCUAGUAAAAUAUCAAGGAUCACUGCUGGGGAUGAGAAUAAGAAGCCAGUUCAAAUUAGGUCAGAUCAUUGAACUGAUGGAAUGAGGUGACUCACCUAGUAGUGAGUGUACAAAAGGCUACGAAAUUGAACUUUUUUCUUCUGUAACUGAUUCUUUUGAAUAAUCAAUGCGCCACACUUCAUCAAAGGACAUCUGGUAGUAGAUGGCCUUUGUAAUAAUAAGGCGAAGGGGUGUUUUCUUCUGUUUGAGUUGUAUUAUUAUCUUAUUUUUUUAUCUUGAUCCAGUGAUGGUGCAUAUGCUCGCCUCUUGCGGUCACCUGCACAGUUUUGUGGCAGUAAUAGCCACCCUUGUUUAAAGAUUCAGUUUGUAUGUAUCUUCACCUUGUAAUUUAUUCUUUAUAUUGGAUGUCUGGAUAAUUCACUUUA